GGAAUUCUCUACCGGAACACGUAGUAUUAUCACCUUCUGUUGAUAUAUUAUAAAUGAGACUGGACCUCCACAGUGUUACAAAAUGCAAGGAUUAAUAUAGGUUGAUAGACCUCCUAUCCUUAAUACUGAGGACUGAAAGUUGCGGCUAUUGUAAAAUGAAGGUCAAAUUGAAAAAGAAAAGUGCGAAAAAUGAGGAAGAAAACGAGGAAAUGUAUGUCAGAUUAGGAGAUGUACCUCUGGACAUAUUACGGUAUAAUAUAUCGAUGCAAUCAGGAGUGGAACGAAAGGAAACUCGCAAAUCCCUACUUCUCAAAAUGGGCGCUAAGAAACCGAAAAACCCAUACAUUAAUUACAAAGAGCUCAUGCAGAAUAAGGCAAAGGCUAAGGCCGAGGCUGAAGCGUUUGCUUUCGAUCGCAGUGCUAGUUUCGUCAACAAAAAGCUCCCUUUAAAGCAGGCAAAAAGAAACGGAAAAACCAACAGAAAGACAGACCAAGAAAAAAAGUAUCCAAGCCACGGAAGCAUCGCUAACACCUGGUAUUAUGUAAACGUAUUUCAAUCAUCAGAUUUGUAUAUAGUCUUAUCGAAAAUUCUCUCUUUGGAAGGCCUAAAUAAACGCUUCUCGGUAGUGUUCAGAGUUUUUGAGCCAUUCAGUUCGGGGUCCCAAGUUUCAUAAUAAACCUUUCUGCGCCCUCUUGACAUGACUGUUUCUAAUGUUAGGUUUCAUUUGGAUUUUUAGCUGGCUAAAACCUACUAUAGACUUCCUGUGGUCACAUGGUAUUA